AUAACUGCCUGUGAUCCCACAGUGCAAGGGCUUGCACGGACAUGGAUGCACAGGCAUUAGUAGCAAAAAUUAAUGCGAUUUUAUGCCUAGUGCCUCUUUGAGCACCAUAUGGAUGUGCAUUCAAUUCUUGCCGUGUAAAGUUUUCACGAAGAACCGAUAGUCUUUUGCUUUGCACUUGUAUAAAGGCAUUUGCUCCGUGCUUUAUAUUUUACCCCGCGCAAACUCGACUCGAUGCAGUGUGGUUGGUUUUUUAAUUUUGUGUGCCAUGGAAACAGACUAGGUGGCUUGAGCGAGCUAGCUAGGGCUCUGCACUAAACAUGUUAUGCACUCCGUAUACUCGGGACAUACCGGAUUUCAAUGAACCCUCAGGCCCUCUGCGUAGUGCCCUCGCUACGCUCGGGACACUACAAACGCGGAGGCCCUCGGGUUCAUUGAAAUCCGGUAUGUCCCUCGCACGUAGUACAUAACAUAUAUAUAUUUUACCCCGUGCAACCGUGCACACACUGUGAUAUCUGGUGUGCAUUAAUUUGUGACCAACUAGGAAUAUUGCUCAUAAGUGUUAGUUACAAGUUCAUGUUGCUAAUAACAGAGCAGCAACAACUUUGAAGCAUAGCUAAUUUGUUAUCAGAUACCUAACAAGGUUAGUUGGCAACCAUUACAAAAUGCUAACAAUUGAUUCAUGGAGCAGUGUGACACACAGGUUUGACACUCCGCAUUCGUGGAUGAUAGGGGCCACGCCCACAUUCCUACUCCUAGAGUGGAAAGCUCUACUACCGAAAGGUUCUCCCAAGGGUAUCGCUAGCUACUGUAACAGUGCUAACUGUCAUACACAGGCUCCCACAUUUCUCUUGGGAUAUCAAUGGAGCCACCCCCACUGAUGCUAUUUUCUUAUAAUUAUAUACUUGACGUGGAGGAGACAAACCGCACGAUGGGCCACCCUAGUAGUAAUGAUGCGUAACCUGCGCGUACCUAGGCACUGAAUAUCAUAAUUCGGUUCGGUUUCUACGGGGAGGAAGAAAAACUCCGACAAAUAAUGCGUUUUCCACUUCUAUUCUUCGCUGCGGGAUGCUCGCUGUUUAGCAGCGGUGAGUUGAGAGAUGCCAGCGGUCGAAUUGUCGGCAAUCGCGAGCCUCGAUUUUCAGGCGCCACUGAACCUCACAAAGUAGAUAGUAGCUAUACUUAUAAAAUUGAGAUCUUUUUUCAGCUAUCUCUCAGAGUGUGGAUGACUGUACAGCCACGGUGCAGAUUGUUGGUACAACGAACCAGAUAGAUAUUCCACUAGGAACUGUCUGUGUGGAGUGUGUUGUCGGUGGAGUUGUAGUUACUGACCCCGCACCCUCAUUCCAAAUUGGAAACUCACCAAUCACAAGCCUGGAUGGUGGAGUUCUAGUGAUUGAUGAUACUAGCAUGACGUUCCAGGCAUCUCCUUCCCUGAUUUUGCGGUGUGUUAGUGGCUCGAAUGUAAGACAGGCUUCAGUUUUCUUGGACGUGUAUCUACCUCCGAUAAUCAUGGGAGCAACUACAGUGAAUGAGGGAGGCACACUGUUCCUCUCCUGUGACAGCACAAACUCCAACCGAGAACCACUUGCACAGUGGUUCGACAAAGAUGGCCAGAUGGUGUCUUCAUCUGGACUACUGAAUAUCCCCAACAUCAUGAGGUCUCAGGCUGGGAACUAUACCUGUCGAACCUCUCCUCCAAACCUUGACAACUCUACCAGCACAACUGUGACAGUAGUCGUACAAUCCCUGGAUUCAGUGUACCAGUACGAGCCGACUGAACUGGAAGGAUGUGAUCCGACAGGAAUGCUGAAUACCGCACUCAUAUCGAGGCCGAGAUUGAGGCCUUGCUAAAUGAGUAUUUUGAAAAUGCUCCAUGAACACGUUAAUAUUAGCACUUUAACUAACAUGUUUUUGACAGUUU